UGGUGGAUAAAUUCACCCAAGGAGAGAGUAAGAGUGAGAAGAAAAGAGAGUUGACAUUGGGUGGCGGGGAAUGGAGAAGAAGAGCCCAUGAAGGAAACUGAGGAAGAGCAGCCAGACGAAUAGGAGGAAAACCAGGAGAAGAUGGUCUUUGGAGUCCAAAUGAAGAGUUCUGAGGAGGAAGUGGUCCACAGUGUCAAACUUGUGCAUCAUGGACAAUUUUGCUGAGGGAGAUUUCACUGUGACAGAUUAUGCCUUGUUAGAAGAUUGCCCUUACGUGGACGAUUGUGUCUUUGCUGCUGAAUUUAUGAGCAAUGAUUAUGUUCGCGUGACUCAGCUUUACUGUGAUGGGGUGGGUGUGCAAUAUAAAGAUUAUAUCCAAAGUGAGAGGAAUUUAGAAUUUGACAUCUGCAGUAUAUGGUGUAGUAAACCAAUUUCUGUCCUGCAAGAUUAUUGUGAUGCCAUUAAAAUAAACAUCUUCUGGCCACUUCUGUUUCAACAUCAAAACAGUUCUGUAAUAUCACGAUUGCAUCCCUGUGUGGACGCCAACAAUUCACGUGCUUCUGAGAUAAGUUUGAAGAAAUUACAACAUCUUGAGUUGAUGGAAGAUAUUGUGGAUUUGGCAAAGAAAGUUGCUAAUGAUUCGUUCCUCAUUGGAGGCUUAUUGAGAAUUGGUUGUAAAAUAGAAAAUAAAAUCUUGGCAAUGGAAGAAGCUCUGAAUUGGAUAAAAUAUGCAGGCGAUGUAACAAUUCUAACUAAAUUAGGAUCAAUUGACAAUUGUUGGCCUAUGUUAAGUAUUUUCUUUACUGAAUACAAGUACCACAUAACUAAAAUUGUAAUGGAAGACUGCAAUUUGCUUGAAGAACUUAAAACUCAAAGUUGUAUGGAUUGUAUAGAGCAAGGAGAACUAAUGAAAAUGAAAGGAAAUGAAGAGUUUUCCAAAGAAAGAUUUGAUAUAGCUAUUAUCUAUUACACCAGAGCCAUUGAAUAUAGACCUGAAAACCACCUUCUUUAUGGUAACCGAGCUCUUUGUUUUCUUCGUACUGGACAGUUUAGAAAUGCACUCGGUGAUGGAAAGAGAGCCACUAUUCUGAAGAACACUUGGCCAAAGGGUCAUUAUCGUUAUUGUGAUGCUCUUUCUAUGCUGGGGGAAUAUGACUGGGCCCUGCAAGCAAACAUAAAAGCUCAAAAACUCUGUAAAAAUGACCCUGAGGGAAUCAAGGAUCUAAUUCAGCAGCAUGUAAAGUUACAAAAACAAAUAGAAGACCUACAAGGUCGAACAGCAAAUAAGGAUCCAAUUAAAGCCUUUUAUGAAAACAGGGCCUACACACCUAGGAAUUUAUCAGCACCUGUAUUUGCAACUUCACUUAACUUCGUGGAGAAGGAAAGAGAUUUCAGAAAAAUUAAUCACGAAAUGGCCAGCGGUGGUAAUCAGAAUCUAAAGAUUUCAGGAACAAAUACUUUUAUGUUCACAGGUCAGCCUCCAAAACAUAAAGGAAAACAAAAAUCUCGAAACAAUGAAUCAGAGAAGUUCAGUUGUAGUUCACCAUUGACUUUACCAGCAGAUUUGAAGAGUAUCUUGGAGAAACAGUUUUCUAAAUCUUCCAGAGCUGCACACCAGGAUUUUGCUAAUAUAAUGAAAAUGUUGAGAAGCUUAAUUCAAGAUGGCUAUACGGCCUUAUUGGAACAGCGUUGCCGCAGUGCCGCACAGGCCUUUACAGAGUUGCUGAACGGUUUAGAUCCUCAAAAAAUAAAGCAAUUGAACCUGGCCAUGAUUAACUAUGUCUUGGUUGUCUAUGGACUUGCCAUUUCUCUCCUUGGAAUAGGACAGCCUGAGGAAUUAUCUGAAGCUGAAAACCAGUUUAAGAGGAUUAUUGAACACUACCCCAAUGAGGGACUUGACUGCUUGGCCUACUGUGGAAUUGGAAAAGUAUACUUGAAAAAAAACAGAUUUCUAGAAGCUCUCAAUCACUUUGAGAAAGCAAGAACCUUGAUUUAUCGUCUUCCUGGAGUGUUAACUUGGCCCACAAGUAAUGUGAUUAUUGAAGAGUCUCAGCCACAAAAAAUAAAGAUGCUGUUAGAGAAAUUUGUUGAAGAAUGCAAGUUCCCUCCAGUGCCAGAUGCCAUUUGUUGCUAUCAGAAGUGCCAUGGAUAUUCUAAGAUCCAGAUAUACAUAACUGAUCCAGACUUUAAGGGUUUUAUACGCAUCAGCUGUUGCCAGUACUGUAAAAUAGAAUUUCACAUGAAUUGCUGGAAGAAGUUAAAAAGUACAACCUUUAAUGAUAAAAUUGACAAGGAUUUUCUACAAGGAAUAUGUCUUACCCCUGACUGUGAAGGUGUCAUUUCUAAGAUUAUCAUCUUCAGCAGUGGUGGUCAAGUUAAAUGUGAAUUUGAACACAAGGUCAUAAAAGAAAAGGUUCCUCCAAGACCUAUUCUGAAACAGAAAUGUUCUAGCCUAGAGAAACUAAGACUGAAAGAAGACAAAAAAUUGAAGAGAAAGAUCCAAAAAAAAGAAGCAAAAAAAUUAGCACAAGAAAGAAUGGAGGAGGACUUAAGAGAAAGUAAUCCACCCAAAAAGGAAGAGCAGAAAGAAACUGUAGACAAUGUUCAGCAUUGUCAGUUCCUUGAUGACAGAAUUCUGCAGUGUAUAAAGCAGUAUGCUGACAAAAUCAAAUCUGGCAUACGGAAUACAGCCACGCUUCUCAAAGAAUUGCUUUCUUGGAAAGUUUUGAGCACAGAAGACUAUACAACCUACUAUACAACCUGUUUUUCUAGCAGAAAUUUUCUAAAUGAAGCAGUGGACUAUGUUAUUCGUCACUUGAUUCAAGAAAAGAACAGAGUAAAAACAAGAAUAUUUCUGCAUGUUUUGAGUGAGCUUAAAGAAGUGGAGCCCAAAUUGGCCGCCUGGAUCCAAAAACUUAAUAGCUUUGGCUUAGAUGCCACAGGACCUUUCUUUUCUCGUUAUGGAGCAUCUCUUAAACAGCUUGAUUUUAGUAUCAUGACUUUCCUCUGGCAUGAGAAAUAUGGUCACAAACUAGACUCUAUAGAAGGAAAGCAACUUGAUUAUUUCUCUGAGCCAACAUCAUUGAAGGAAGCCCGUUGUUUAAUAUGGCUGCUAGAAGAACACAGAGACAAGUUCCCAGCAUUGCAUAGUGCUUUAGAUGAAUUCUUUGAUAUAAUGGACAGCCGCUGUACUGUGUUAAGGAAACAAGACAGUGGUGAAGCACUGUUUAGUUCUACCAAGGUGAAAAACAAAGGCAAGAAAAAGAAGCCAAAGGAUUCAAAGCCUAUGUUAGUUGGGUCUGGGACAACUUCAGUAACUCCAAAUAAUGAUGUCAUCACUUCAAGUGAAGACCAUACCAAUCGAAAUUCAGAUUCUGCAGGCCCUUUUGCAGUGCCUGACCAUCUUCGGCAAGAUGUAGAAGAAUUUGAAGCUCUCUAUGACCAACACAGUAACGAAUAUGUUGUCCGCAAUAAGAAGCUAUGGGAAAUGAACCCAAAACAAAAAUGUUCAACUCUGUAUGAUUACUUCUCUCAGUUUUUGGAGGAGCAUGGUCCCUUGGACAUGAGUAACAAGAUGUUCUCCGAAGAAUAUGAGUUUUUCCCAGAAGAAACUCGACAGAUACUAGAAAAAGCAGGAGGUUUAAAACCUUUUCUCUUGGGAUGUCCUCGUUUUGUUGUGAUUGACAACUGUAUUGCAUUGAAGAAAGUUGCAUCACGGCUCAAGAAAAAAAGGAAGAAGAAAAACAUUAAAACAAAAGUAGAAGAAAUUGCAAAAGCAGGAGAAUAUUUACGAGUUAAACUACCUCUGAAUCCAGCUGCAAGGGAAUUUAAACCAGAUGUAAAGUCUACACCAGUGUCAGAUUCAUCUUCAGCACCAGCUUCUGAAGAUGUGAAACCCAAACCUGUGUCUUCAAAUUCUCCUGAGCCAGCGUGUGAAGAUGUGAGGGCCAAACCAGUAGCCGACAAUUCUUCUAGACAAGUUUCUGAGGAUGGGAAACCCAAAGGGGCCUCUUCCAAUUCUCCCAUACCAGGCUCUGAGGAUGCAAAUUACAAGCGAGUCUCCUCUAAUUCCCCCAGACCGGUUCUUGAGGAUGUGAAACCAACUUAUUGGGCUCAAUCCCAUUUGUUCACAGGAUACUGUACGUAUCUUCCUUUCCAGAGAUUUGAUAUCACCCAGACACCGGCAGCAUACAUAAACGUGUUACCAGGUUUGCCCCAGUACACCAGCAUAUAUACACCCUUGGCCAGCCUUUCUCCUGAAUAUCAGCUACCAAGAUCAGUACCAGUGGUGCCGUCUUUUGUAGCCAAUGACAGAGCAGAUAAAAAUGCCGCUGCCUAUUUUGAGGGUCAUCAUUUGAAUGCUGAGAAUGCUGUUGGUCACCAGAUUGCCUCUGAAACACAGAUCCUUGAAGACUCUUCGGGAAUAUCUGUGAAGUCACACUGCAGCACAGGGGAUGCUCAUACAGUCCUGAGUGAGUCUAACAGAAAUGAUGGGCACUGUGGAAAUUCUAACAACAAAUGUGAAGUAAUUCCAGAAAGCAUCAGUGCAGUAACAAACAUUCCACACGUGCAGAUGGUUGCCAUACAGGUAUCUUGGAACAUAAUACACCAAGAAGUCAAUACUGAGCCAUAUAAUCCUUUUGAGGAACAACAAGGGGAAAUUUCACGGAUUGAAAAGGAGCACCAGGUAUUACAAGAGCAACUUGAAGAAGCAUAUGAAAAUUAUGAGCAGAUGAAACUUAAGGGCUUAGAAGAGACCAGGGACCUGGAAGAAAAGUUGAAAAGGCACUUAGAAGAAAACAAGAUCUCAAAGACGGAAUUAGAUUGGUUCCUUCAAGAUUUGGAAAGAGAAAUUAAAAAAUGGCAGCAGGAAAAAAAAGAAAUCCAAGAAAGACUAAAAUCACUGAAGAAGAAAAUUAAAAAAGUUUCAAAUGCCAGUGAAAUGUAUAAAUUAUAUAAAAGUGAGAGUAGCAUGGAACUGAGAAUCCCCAAGGAACUGACUUCCUUCCGAAGGUUUUUUUUUCCCUUCAAUAUUUGUAGCAACACACUUACAAAUGAGAAAAUGAAAAUAGAAGAGUGUAUAAAGAAAGGAAAAGAGGAUUAUGAAGAGAGUCAUCAGAGAGCUGUGGCUGCAGAGGUAUCCGUACUUGAAAACUGGAAGGAGAGUGAAGUGUAUAAGCUACAGAUCAUGGAGUCACAAGCAGAAGCCUAUCUGAAGAAGCUGGAGCUGAUUAGCUGGUAAUGCAGUUUCGUGGGUGUUCUUAGCACACAGUUAUGUUUCAUUUAUAACGUAUAGGAAGAAACAAAGUAUUAAUUGACAAUUGUGGUUUUCCCACACUUUACUUUCUACUCACAGUCUCAGUUUGAAGAACAAAUUAAGGCAAUUAAAAAUGGUUCUCGUCUCAGUGAACUUUCUAAAGUGCAGAUUUCCGAGCUUUCAUUUCCUGCCUGUAACACGGUUCAUCCCGAGUUACUCCCUGAGUCUUCAGGCCACGAUGACCAAGGGCUUGUGACUUCUGCAAGCGACAUGACUGGAAACCACGCAGCACUUCACAGGGAUCCCAGUGUGUUCUCUGACGGCGAUUCCCCAGGGGAGGCUCCUUCUGCGCUGUUGCCAGGGCCACCCCCUGGUCAGCCUGAAGCCGCUCAGCUGCCAGGGCCAAAAAGGGCAGCUCUGCCAGAACGAAGCCCUGUGGCUGAUCGGAAGCAGCCUGUUCUUCCAGGACGUGCUGCGCGUUCAAGUCAAUCUCCAAAAAAGCCGUUCAAUAGUAUUAUUGAGCACCUGUCAGUGGUAUUCCCAUGUUACAACAGCACCGAGCUUGCUGGUUUUAUUAAAAAAGUGCGAAGCAAAAACAAGAACUCACUCUCAGGAUUGAGUAUUGAUGAAAUUGUCCAAAGAGUGACAGAACACAUUCUAGACGGACAGAAAAAGAAAAAGCCAAACCCAGGAAAGGACAAGAGGACUUAUGAGCCCAGCUCUGCAGCCCCCGUGGCCAGGUCCUCCCAGGGCCCACCCUCGGCGGUUGUUGCACCAUCACCCAAAACCAAGGGACAGAAGGCAGAAGAUGUCCCUGUGAGGGCUGCACCGGGUGCAAGUUCCUGUGAAAUAUGCCACGAGGUGUUCAAAUCAAAAAACGUGUGUGUGCUCAAAUGUGGGCACAAGUAUCACAAAGGGUGCUUUAAGCAGUGGCUUAAAGGGCAGAGCACUUGCCCGGCCUGCCAGGGUCGUGAUCUCCUGUCAGAAGAGUAGCCUGCACUUCUGGAAGAGGCUGGCCCGGUGAGAAUCAGGAGCCGCCUUCCUGCUCCUCUAGGUAGUCACACUUCACUAAAGCGUCAUCCACCAGUACUGGUGUUGAAUCGGAAGAAUGACAAUUUCCUGCCACCACUGGUGUAAAAAACAAACAUUUGAAGACCCUUGUGCAUUGUGUGUCACAAAGCUAAAUACAUGGAAAUCGUUAAUAUCGUUGAGAUUAAGUAAUUUCCCCACUCUGAGUGAAUACUUUGAUGAUGGCCAAGCAGUGGCUAAUAAAAUGAUGGCUACCACACUCGUGGGUCGCUGGGGCUGCGCAGGGCUCUUUGAGGUGGGUGGCUUCUUUUGGAAAGUACUGUGAGCGCCUCGAAGCAGUAUUCUAGUGAUAAGAAUUCUUAACGUGUCCAAGCACCCCACGUUUGUUCCCCUUUUGUGUUUGAAAAACCUUUCCUAGUAGCUCCGCAAGAGAGAUGAUACUGACUUUUUAAAUUUUUUACAAGAGUCUGUAUUCCUGAAAAUAUGCCUAUAUUUUUCUUCAAAGAUUCUGCAUUUUAAGAAUGGACAUAAGCAAACUACAUUUUAAUAAUUUAUAGGUAAUGUUAAAAUAUUGGCUGAUUUAGACCAAAAGAUUCAAAUCUCCUCUUUGUGAAAUCCCAUCUGCAUUUGAUUUUUUUAUUAUUUUAUGUUCCUCCAAUAGAUUGUUUUAAGUGUUUACUUUUCAUCUUUUAUAGAUGUAAUCUGAUUUUCAAAAAUCAUUAACACUUUUUGAUUAGUAUCGACUAAGACUUUUUCCCCCUGGAAUGGAGGCUGUGUGUCCAUCACCCCAGCCCCCGGUUGGAGCCUGCUCUUUGAACUCUGCUGCCCUCCUCAGCAGCUUCUGUCCUCUUUCAUGAGUCAGCCAGCAAGUGCUUGGGAUCCACAUCCAGCCGUGCUGAGCACACAACAGGCUGUGUGUGGAAAUGGCCACCACCCUUCUCCUUCCCCACCCC